AUGGAGUCGAAUGCGCUUACGUUGGAUGUAUGGAAUUAUGUGCUUUUCACUCUUGAGAACUUUCUCAAUCUGUUGUUUAUUGUUGUUGUGUGUCUUCUUUUCUACAUCUGCGUAGCUCAAAGAAAUCUUCACAUCAACUUCAGAUGUUUAUUGGCUUUGACUGGCGCUGGAUAUCUUAUCUGCGCUCUGCUCAGAUUCAUCAUUGUGACAGCUCGAAUGUGCUGCAUUGGACAGCGAGUAACUCCUUUGAUUAAUCAGCUAUUGAUUGGGCAGGCUAUUGGUGGGAAUCUGUCAAUACUCGCUUGGCUUAUCGUAGUGUUCGAAAGAGCCAUAGCUACAGCAUUUUUCAGCAGAUACGAAAAAAGCUGCAAUAACUGGAUAGCUCCUUCUUUGCUGAGUGCUAGUGUGAUUCUCCUUGUUGCUAUCGUAUGUUGCACCUUAAUUUUUGGGAACAUUGGAAACGUUGAAAUUGUCUGGAUGGGAUUGCAGAUUUUUAUUGUUGGCCUUUGUUUUGUGGCUCUUGCAAUUAUAGUAUUGUUCAAUUUAUCUGCCUAUCGGAAAAGACACAACACCAUGAUGGAACUAACAAAUCGCUAUCAACUUGAUGAAAAUAUCCGCGGUGGUCGUUAUCUUAUUCCUGUUGCGCUCAACGAUGUAAUUGUUAAGAUCACCUAUAUACUGCUGUGGUCGUAUUCAAUAUUUUUUACUGAUAUUCCUCUUGGCUUUGACACUACACACCUGAGUCAUGCAUAUGAUCUGUUGGGUGCGUAUCAGCGGGUAUUUUUUGGACUCGCAUUAACAAUUCGUAGUCAAAAGCUCGACCACCUCUUCAGAAGGCCAAAGAAAGCUAUGAAAGUGAUUGAGAAACAGGUCACUGCAACUACUCGCUACUAUAACGAUCUCAAGGGGAUGUGGUCCUGA